AUGGCACUCAGCUUCUUUGGCGGUGGAGGCCAUGCAAGCCGUGCGAAAUAUUUUGAUAUCCGACUCGAUGAUGAUUACGUCGUAUUCCGGGGAAGCGAAGAUGAGGCGGCCAGUGCUUUGUUGAAGGGUAAUGUGGUUCUCUGCCUGUCAGAGCCCCUCACGAUCAAGAAUAUUAAAUUGCAUCUUACGGGGAUGUCACGCGUUUGCUGGCACCUUCCUUCAACUACCGCUGGCGGAGGCAGGAGACAUUGGAGAGAAAAAGUUUUCUACGAAAAGACCUGGAAGUUCAAAGAUGCAGGUAAAGGGAAGACGGAGGUUUUGCCUGCCGGAAACUAUGAGUUCCCCUUCGAAAUCAUCCUCGAAGGUUCCUUGUCGGAGACCGUCGAGGGACUACCUGACAACUGGGUCAUCUACCGUUUCAAAGCGGAAAUCGGAAGGAAAUAUGCCAAAGAUAUCAUCGUCAGGAAGCCAUUGCGUAUCAUUCGGACCUUGGAGUCCACGGCUCUUGAGCUCUCCCAUGCUAUGUCCGUGGAAAAUAUCUGGCCUGAGAAGAUUGAAUACGCGAUCAACACCCCGACGAAAGCUGUCAUAUUCGGCACUACCAUCCAGGUGGAUUUCCGAUUGAUCCCACUGCUUAAAGGGCUCCGUAUCGGACAGAUCUUCUCGGAACUUAUUGAAUGCGACGAGCUUACUCUCAACCCUGAAGACCAUGGCUCCCUCCGGAACACAUAUACGACGACAAGAUCUAUAGUGUCCGAUGUAUACGAAUUGCCGGAGGACGCUCCUGUGGAGAUCCUUAAUGAUGUAGCCGAAGGAUAUCAGCUGUCUCGGUAUCUUAGUCUACCUAAAUCUCUAACCAAGUGCCUUCAAGAUACAGACACGAGAGGGAUCAGAGUUAGGCACAAGUUGAAGUUCCGCAUUCAGCUUCACAACCCAGAUGGCCACGUUAGCGAGGUAAGUAGAGAAGCCGUGUGGACGCAAUGGUGGUGGGCAUGGGAGCUGAUCUCUUUCGGUUUGCAGUUGCGAGCUACCCUUCCAGUCUCUAUUUUUAUUUCCCCCAGCCUUGCGAUUGAUGAGAACAAUAAUUUAAUAGAUCAGACACCCGAGUCCGCUGUCAGGGCGGUUGAAGAAUAUGCCCAGCAGGCUCCUCCUCUGUACGGCGAGCAUCUUUUCGAUCAGUUAUACAGCGAUGUGGAUCUUACUGGCUAUCGCACCCCGGGUUAUCGCACCCCGGGCCCUCCAACGGGGCUUACCAGUUGGCCUGCAAGCCGGCCUCCAAGUGGACCGGGCACCCCUAUGGGUUCUCUCAGCCGCAAUCUUUCGUCGGAAAACAUUUCAUCAAUGAACGCCGUUACUGACACAGAUAUCUCUGCCUCCGUACUACAUAGCCGUUUGGCUCGUUUGCACGCGAGCAGGAACCGUAACCCCCCAUCACCCGGUGAACACCCCGACGGCAGACCAGAUGGGCGUUUGAACGUUACGCAGGACUAUUUCACAUACUCCGGCGCCAGUUCCCACGGUGCGACGAGCCCAGAUCCAUCCCGCCGGCCAUCAGAUGAUCUUGACCAUGAUCCUGUUCUGUCAGGAAUGGGAACCCCCUACUGGCCACAGUAUGCUGAGGUUGAGACACUGAGCCGAGUGCCAAGUUACUCUACCGCCGUCCGUAGCUCAGUGAAACCGCGUGAGCCUGGUCUGCCGGACUACAAUUCUGUAAUUGCCAGCGAUACGCCCCCUCUCCCAGAGUCACCGCAGCAAGUUCACCUUAGGAGCGGACAUCGUUCCCCUUCACAUUUCUCUCCAGUGGAGAUGCAUCAACGGUUGGACUCUCUCCACCCCCGUCGCUCUCAUCGCUCUGCUGAUGAUGAAGAGCGCAGUUUACGUCUCCUCCAGGCCCGCGCCAGAGGCUAG